CCUAAGCCAAACCAGCGACAUGGAGCUCUCCGUGGUGUACUUUCUCUGUAUACUUUCUCUAGCCUCAGCCUCCUUCAACUUUGGAUUCUCGUCGUCUCCCGUUUUACUACCGCGCGCGAAGAAUCCUACGAGUAAAGACGGUAACUGUGGUUCUAAUUCGGAGACUAAUGCGACAUGCCUCACUUCUACUUUCGGUAACUGCUGCUCUGAGAAAGGAUUCUGCGGAAAGACGAGCGCCUAUUGUUCGGAAGGCUGUCAAGAGGCCUUUGGUAGCUGCUCGUCGAGUGAUGAUGGACAGCUUGUAAGCACGUCGGGAUCAUGUGGUGCGACGUCGACUAGCAACAUCACUUGUGAGGGCAGCUCGUAUGGCGACUGCUGCUCUGAGAAGGGAUACUGUGGCAAGAAUGCAACCUAUUGUGGUGCUGGAACUUAGCUUCUUCAACUCGGCUCUAGACCUCGCUGACACUGACCUCAACAGGUGUCAAAGUAUGUUCGGUAGCUGUUCAUCGAGCGACGACUCCUCUACGACAACCGCGACAUCUGACAAGACUUCGACCUCGACGGCGGCGGCGUCAACAAGCCUCGGUGCUAUAUCCAUUGAUGGAAACUGCGGCUCCAAUUCAGACACCAACGCUACUUGCCUAGACAGCGAGUUUGGCGAUUGCUGUUCGGCAAAGGGAUACUGUGGCAAGACCUCAGACUACUGUAGUACUGGAUGUCAAAGCGACUUCGGUUCCUGCGAUUCGACCAGCGAUUCGACAACCUCAUCAGCCUCUGAGUCAGCGUCCUCAUCGACAUCCUCCUCCGAAUCCUCCUCGUCGACCUCAUCAACAACAUCGUCGACAGCCGGCCUCAGCACCGGUGCCAAGGCUGGGAUCGCGGUUGGAUCUGUGAUUGGUGGGCUUGGAGCAUUAGGACUCGUUGGUUUUCUUGUGCUUCGAGGGAAAAAGCGAAAGUCUUCGCAGCAGCAAUUGGAGGAUAAUGAUGUGGGAAAGCCUGAUGAAGAGACGAGAUAUGAGCUGCAUGACGAGAGGACACAUGAGAUGCAUGCGCAGAAUCUGGUUGAGUUGCCUGCUGAUUAUGGAAGGGUUGAUGAUCGGGCUGCGGCUGGGUAUGAUGGAGCAUACAGAGGACAUUAAGUGCGGGUUUUGGGCUGCUGUAUGAGGUGUGAACGCUUAUGACGUUGGUGUAGCACAGGGACUUAUGACCUGAUUGGCUACUACUGGUUUUUUAAUAGAUGAAAUUAAUCAUUACGAUUCUUUGAACUCACGUG